GGUUAGUUUGGGGUAACAGAGGAAGCAACUCCUUCACAGAUAAGCAGGCAGUGCAAUAGAGAGACACAUGCUGUUUCAUAAGGAUACGCCUGAUUUCCAGAAAUAACCAUGUUUUUGUGGCUUAAACUCUUAACAUUUGGUGUUGCAUUUCUGGGACAGGAUGCUUUGGUCACAGGAGAUGAAAACCUGGCAAAUGCCAGCUCUCCCUCCUCUGUGUCACCUCCACCUGCACACUCCACAUCACUCUCACCUCCAAGCACCACUGAAGGAGUUGUGUCAGCAAUGACUACACCUGGUGUCUCUCCUGCAGACAGCACAUACCUCUCCACGCACGCAGGCUCCACCCCUGCCAUGGGACUCAGCAACCCAGCACACAGCAGCACUGCUGCCCUCACCACACGCACUCCCAUUGCCUUCAAGAAUGCUUCAUCAGAUGAUUACAAUUCAACAUCCUUGCACAGCACCACCUCACCAUCCAGCACGCCAGCAAACACUGGGACCUUCCCCACUCACACAAUAGAAACUCCCACUGUGACAACUAAGGAACCUUGUGAUGAUAUUGACUACAGCAUAGAAAGUGUAACAGGCGAGCAUGACAUGGUUAAAGUUACCCUGAAAAAUCUCAGAAACAACAGACAGUAUGUUAUUUUGGAGACUAACGAGACCUUAAGUGUGAAUUCCAGCACAAUUCAGAUGCAGAGAUGCAUGAGAUACACACUUAAAAUUGAAAAAUGUGCAGACCAGUAUCUUACUAUUCCACCUGAAAGCAGCAAGAAUCCUUUUCAAGUUGACAAUGAAACCAACACAUCUGCAAAAAUAUGUUGGGAAAACUCAUUGGCCUGCGCUAAUGUGACUGUGAGCUGCAAAGGUUUUCCAGGCUUUACAGAAUUAAAUAAAAAUUGUAAAGAGCUGAACACUUUAUCCCCCAACCAUGACUACAUGUGCACUGGUACCGCACAUUUUUUUGAAGAGAAGGUUGUCAACCAAGACUUCAUUAUAGCAACAGAUUAUGGUGCUCCAGAAGCAGCAGAAAACUUAACAGUAGUGAGUGCUGCCAGACAUGUAUCAGUUAGCUGGAAGAACCCCAGUGACCUUUCAAAGGGCCCUAUACAUGGCUACAAAGUACAAUGCAAUAAGGGAGAGGCUAAUUAUAUCGAGAUGACCAACUUUAUUUGCUACAAAUUAGAACCUUAUACCCACGGCAGUGUGACUGUGACUCCAUAUACAAAGAGCAAAAAACCAGUAGUAAAUAAUGACAAAUAUAUGGGAGAACCUAGAACAAUCCCCUUUCUGACAAAAUCAGCAGAGCCACAGCCAGUGAUUGAUGUUGAAGCAACACUGACAUCUGAUAAUGCUGUCUGGAUUAAGUGCAAAAGUCAAAAAGUGUAUGGAAAUGAAACAGUAUUUGAAUUGUCUUGGGGAGAUGAUGAAAUAAGUGACCGCAAAGAAAAUGAUUGUGAUUUUAAAAAAGAAAAUCUCUUGUACUUGACAACCUAUACAUUUACGAUCUUAGUGGAUAAUGGAGAAUAUAAAGGGCAGCCAGUAAAGAGGAAUAUAAAAACCAGAUAUAAUUCUAAGGCACUGAUUAUAUUCUUGGUGUUCUUAAUAAUUUUGACAUCAGUUGCUUUACUACUGGUUCUUUACAAAAUCUAUGAUCUUCACAAAAAAAAGCUCAGCAGUUCUUCUGAAGGUGUGAACCUUGUUGAAGUUAAAGAUGAUGACAGACAGCUUCUGAACAUAGAGCCAAUACCUUCAGAGCAAUUGCUGGACACGUACAAGAGGAAGAUUGCUGAUGAAGGAAGACUUUUCUUGGAUGAAUUUCAGAGUAUUCCUAGAGUUUUCACCAAAUUUUCAAUAAAGGAGGCUAAAAAGAGCCAUAAUCAGAACAAAAAUCGUUACAUUGAUAUCCUUCCAUAUGAUCAUAACCGUGUUGAGCUCUCAGAGAUCCCAGGAGACCCAGGAUCAGACUAUAUCAAUGCAAGUUAUAUUGAUGGCUUCAAAGAACCAAGAAAAUAUAUUGCUGCACAAGGCCCAAAGGAUGAAACCACAGAUGAUUUCUGGAGAAUGAUCUGGGAACAGAAGGCAACAAUUAUUGUCAUGGUGACUCGUUGUGAGGAAGGAAAGAGGAACAAAUGUGCCCAGUACUGGCCAUCAAUGGAGAAUGGCUCUGCAACCUAUGGGGACAUCGUUGUGAAGAUCAAUGAAAGUAAAACGUGUCCAGACUAUGUCAUUCAGAAACUACACAUCACAAAUGGAAGAGAAAGGACAGCUGGAAGAGAUGUAACUCAUAUUCAGUUCACAAGCUGGCCAGACCAUGGAGUCCCUGAGGAUCCACAUCUCCUUCUCAAACUCCGACGCAGAGUUAAAGCUCUCAGCAACUUUUUUAGUGGCCCAAUAGUGGUUCAUUGCAGUGCCGGUGUUGGGCGCACUGGGACGUAUAUAGGGAUUGAUGCCAUGCUGGAGGGGCUGGAUGCAGAAGGCAGAGUGGAUGUUUAUGGCUAUGUUGUGAAGCUGCGUCGGCAGCGGUGCCUCAUGGUUCAAGUGGAGUCACAGUACAUCCUUAUCCAUCAAGCCCUGGUGGAAUACAAUCAGUAUGGAGAAACAGAGGUCAGUCUCUCAGAACUGCAUUCCUAUCUUAACAAUCUGAAAAGAAAAGAUCCUCCGAGUGAUCCUUCUCUGCUGGAGGCAGAGUUUCAGAGAUUACCUUCCUAUAAGGGAUGGCGGACACAGAACACUGGGAAUCGUGAGGAAAAUAAAAGCAAAAAUAGGAAUGCCAGUAUAAUUCCAUAUGACUUCAACCGAGUGCCCAUCAGACAGGAAGACGAAUGCAGUAAGGAGGGUGAACAUGAUUCAGAGGAUUCCUCAGAUGAGGACAGUGACCUUGAAGACUCAAGCAGAUACAUCAAUGCUUCCUUCAUAACAGGUUACUGGGGUCCAAAAGCUAUGAUUGCUACACAGGCUCCACUGCAGGAGACUGUCUCUGACUUCUGGCAAAUGGUUUUCCAAAGAAAAGUCAAAGUCAUUGUUAUGUUGACAGAGCUGAAAGAAGAAGAUCAGGAACUCUGUGCACAGUACUGGGGAGAAGAAAGACAAACAUAUGAUGGCAUAGAAGUUCAAAUGACAGAUGUCAACUGUUGUCCUAGCUAUACCACACGAGCAUUUGAUGUUACACAUCUGAAGACAAAAGAAACACAGAAAGUGUAUCAGUACCAGUAUCACAAGUGGAGUGGCUUCGACGUUCCAGAAAAUCCUAAAGAUUUAGUUAGCAUGAUUCUCAACCUUAAACAAAAAAUCCCAGCCAGAGCAGUCGCUGAGGACAACAGAAGUGCCCGCAGUGUCCCGCUCAUCGUCCACUGCCGUGAUGGAUCACAGCAGACUGGUGUAUUUUGUGCUUUAAUGACCCUAUUGGAAAGUGCAGAAACAGAAGAAGUAAUAGAUGUUUUCCAAGUAGUAAAAGCUCUUCGUCGCUCCAGGCUGGGAGUGGUCUCCACCUUUGAACAUUACCAAUUUCUGUAUGACACCAUUGCCAGUACCUACCCUGCACAGAAUGGACAAAUAAAGAAGAACAGCCAGCAGGAAGAUAAAGUUGAAUUUUGCAGUGAAGUAGAAAAAACAGAUCAGGAAACCGAUUUGAUCACUAUUGAUCUUAGCCCAUCAACACCAGAGGAAAAAGAGAUUUCUGAAGCUUGUGAUGAUUCUAAGUCUACAGAUGGCACUAAGGGAACAGAAAGCUCUACAAAUGGCCCCACAACUCCCAUUGUAACUUAGAGGCUGUCUUAAACAAAACAAAACAAAACAAAGUUGGUUUUUUUUAUCUGCAAAAUAAUCUUAAACAAUAUAAGAAGUAUAAAAUUUCUUCCUCUUCCUAUAGUUUUUUUGGAAAACAUUUACUGUUUAUCAUUUUUUCAAAGGUACAAAAUUAAAGGAAUACUUGAAACUUGUAGAGGGUGACAAAGAACUGUGAAAGGUAAACUUUUUUGUAGAUUUGCAUUUAAAACUUCUUCAGAAAACUUUUCACUAUUUUUGUACUUUUAAAAAGGUGUACAAUGUAAUGCUGUGCUGAGCAGUGGGAAGGAAAUUUUUUGACAUCUGUAAGAAAGAGAAAAGCAACUCAGAACAAGAUUAGUUCAUUGCAAAAACAGGUCUGUCUUCAAAACUAUCAGCAAGUCAAUAAACCUAAUUGAUAAGCAUAUAUUCUAGCAUUUCAGAAACGUUGACCAAGCACUGCUUUAAUGAUUGUCUGUGGAACUUAUGAGACACUGUCAAACAGUUUUAAGAGAUUGUAUUUUACAUCAUGUGGCAAUUCCAAGGAAAUCAGACUUACGGAGAACCUGGAAGUCCUCCCAUAUGGGUAUGGAUACAAUUUUUUGCAGUUUUCUAUCUUGCCUCGAGGUGUCCUUGUUGCCUCACAUACAGUAAUCUGAGAUACCAAUGCUAGACUCAAAGAGUUGGGAGAUUGGCAUUUGAAUGAUUGCAACGAUUCUGAUAGAGAACACGUUCUGUUUACUUUUAGAGCUUAAAAUACUGCAUGCUUGCACAUCUAUUUUUUUUUUUUUUAGGCUUACUGUUAUUUAAAGGAACUGCUUCCAUGAAUACAUCCAACCUGUUUUCAGAAUUGGAAAAUACCUAGAUGCUUUUCCUCCAAACUUUAUAGAUUUUAAUUGGUACAUUUAAUUUUUUUUUUUUUUAUUAUGAGGUUUUGUAUGUUACAGUUCUGAUAUUGGUAUUAUUACUUGCUGGAUUUUUGCCUGCUGUUUUUAGAACAAAUAAAAAAGAUAAUUAAGAGUCAACAAGGUGGGAAUUAUUUUGUCCUAUUGGACUCUACAAACUGAUAAUUUUAUUCUAAAUGCACAGGAUCUUGAGCUAUCCCAUACAUGGAUAAAAUGCACAAAUUUCUGUAGGAAAACACCAUUUAAUUCUUAUAAUACUCUGUGUGAACCCAGGUAAGUGUCAUGAUCCUCUCAUUACAGAGAACAGAAACUUCAUUUUUGUUUUUCUUCAAGUCAUUAGAGGAGCAGUCAGUCAAUAGAUUGAGUGCUCCUGGUUUAUCACUGCAUAUUCCUGAUCUCUCCUUACAAAGUAUAAUUGAACAUACUUAGCCAGGUAAACAACAGGCAUGGGCACAGUUGGUUAGAAUGUUAAUUUAAUUUUGCUGUUACUUUAGAGAAAAUAUUUUAUUGACAGUUAUCAGCUCAGACAAGUGCUUCCUGACAGUCUUGCUUGAGUAAGUGGCAACAAACAGUCAUAGAGGUAGUGGGAUUCUCCUUUCACUGUCAGCUGACCUGCCUUUUUCAGCUGAAGUUGUGGUAGGUAAUAGACUAACAAAGCUGAGGGAGAAAAAAACUCAUGAGACUAAAUAUGAAGAUAAUCUAGAAGAAUUGUAGACCCAGAGCUUGUUGGCUGUUUUUAGAGAAACAUGUCAAAAAGGUAAGUUUAGCACACCUUUGAAGAUUGAAAGGAUGAUGUGCUUUGGAUACAGAGUGCCUUACUGGUGCUCACUUCAUGACAGACAACAAUGAAUUUAUUUUUCUUCUAAGAUUUGGCCACUGUAAAGGCUCUCUAGCUCAUUCAGGUAAUAAAAUAAAAAGGUGAAUGCAGCUACCUAUUAUAAGAAUGUGGUGAGAGACUAGUCACACCUUUAGGAAUAACUAAAAAUGUUUCCCAAUUCCAAAAUUAGGCACAUAUUUUCAUUUUGUGUAAAUUUAAGGGUGCUCAUACUCUUCAAUUCCUUGAAAAAUGGUUUUGCAGGUUUUAAAGCUCCUGCAGCAUUUGUGCUGUAAAAAUUCUGGAGGAUUUUCUUCUGCUGAAAUUGUUUUCUAGAAUAUUUUCAAUGUUUUUUUUGACUGCAUACAUUAAAAAAAAACACGUUCUACACUUGAUUUGUGAAUGUAUUUUGAAGGAAGAGUCCUGAACUACGUUCAGUUUUUGCCUCAUACAUGUCUUCAUUAUUAGCCUAAUAGAGAAACAGACAUAUUAACAGUGCCCUCACAUGCCUAGUGUAAACCAUUUUGGAGUAAAAAGUUCCUUAUAGUUG